AGCAUUGUCUACCAAGUGGUUAUUUUGAAUAUUAGAUCGAGGAGAUCUGAAAAUCUAUCUUCGAACCAAGCGGUUUUUGUUAGCUAUGCAUGCGUAGUGUUGGAAUGUGUAUAGGCUGGGUAGUCUUCAUGGAAGUGAAGCCUUUGUCAAAUGAGCUGCUUGAUUCUGUCGUAAGAGAUGUUAUUGACAGCGGGAGUGUCUCAUUCUCUGUAGAGGACUCACCUGGUGCACUUGAUAAAGAAGAAUUUUGUAAGCCUGAAAAUUUGACCGUUGAAUCUGUAAAUAGUGAAAUGAGCGUUUCGGUAGAGGCUAAUGAGUUUGUGGAAAGUUUAAUCGAAAAAGUGGUCAAUAAUGUCGAAACUGAGAAAAUGGAGCAGAAAGUGAGCGAGAGUUGCACGGAAGUAAACAGUACCAAGAUUUGCUACCUUCCUGGUUGUAGCAUUGAGUGCCCAAGUAUGGUUAAACACGAGGAAAACAACGAAAACGACCACACAGCAUCGUCUGAUAGCUCGUGCAAAUCAAAUUGCAGAAUAGCUAGCAACACGAAAGCAACUAGUUUUUUCGUUCCAUUGGAUAGAAAUUUGAAGUCGCCAGCUCAAAAAACCAGAAUCAAAAAGUCUCUAUUAAAUAAUUUAUUCGAUCAGAAAGAAUUCGAAGAUCUUGUAGAUGCAUUUUCUAGCCAACUUGUGGAUGAAGCUUUAACAUUUUUCAACCCUCUUUUUCGGUUCUACAGAGCCAACGGUACUCCUAUUGAAAUUGAUAUUCAACCAAAUUCUGUCUCUUUGAUAACUAGUUUACACGCAAACGAAAUACUGAAUGAAAACUCAAGCACAGAUGUUUACACCGCGCAGCCGUCUCGGCCGGUUAUCGAAGUUAGUUACGUCCAAGAUCCGCAGCCUUUGUUGGAGCGAAAAUUUUUUGAUACGAAAAGAUGGGUAUGUAUUAGUCGACCGCAAUACAAGUAUUCGUGUGGUAUAUCAUCGGUAGUUUCGUGUUUUAACUUUCUCUUUUCAAGACUGGGCAACGGAGACUUAGCACCGGUGACCCAAGAACACGCGAUGAGAAUUCUCGGUUUCGAGCCACCUUUCAAUCAGAUCAGAUUCGGACCCUUCACUGGAAAUGCGACGCUUAAGAAGUGGUUCAACCGACUGACAACACACUUUGAUGUCAGUGGAUACUUCUACACGUUGUACAAGCCACAGGGUGCCAAAAGAACUUCCAUAUCAGCGGAAGUUGCCCUAGUGCAAUUCAAAGAAGGGCUGGUGUCAACUGAUACUGCUUUAAUCUAUCACUGCUUUAACCAUUACAUGUGCCCUGUAGGCUUUGAAGUGACGCCAGCCUUUCCUGAGUUAGCUUAUGGUGAUGUUGAAUGCUGCUAUGUUAAUAGUCAAUAUGCACCUCGAUCAUGGUUCAUAUUUAGCGACACUAGCCAGACUUCGUCCAGUAUGCACUCUAUUAAAUGGGAAGAUAUUGUAACGGAUCUCAAUUGCGUAUCACCGUUUCAUUUCAAUGCCAGAAAGCCACAUCUAGGAGUGUUCAAAGGUAGUCAAAAGAACGCGGAGAAGUUAUCUCUGGACAAAGAAUCGGAAGAGGAAGCAAGUGAAUAUGCGUCAAAGCGUAAAAUUCCCUCAGUUUUAGGGGAAAAAGGAAAAAAUUUGCAUUGUAUCAUGGCUAUGAAAAGACUGAAAGGAAAAAACCCGUCUAAAGACAAGGAAAUCACCCAAGAACAUGAAAGCAGCACCUUUUUUGAGCCUUGUAAUGAAUCCUUAGUUGUUACAUCUUUCCAUUCUUCAUUUGAAUGAUCUUCUAUACAUUCUAAAUUGUACAUUGUAAAUGUGUUACAGUAA